CUGGGGUUGACGAGCAAAGUCUCCGAUCAGUUUGAGAGAGAGAGAGAGAGGAGCAAAUUAGGAAGCAACAAAAAGCUUAGAGCAAGCUAAAAUAUCACGCUUUCUGAUUUGGAGAUGGCAAUGUGCUGCUUUGCCACGGCCAAAGAAUCUGCCAGGUACAUGAGGGCUCUUCCACCAGCUCAUUAUUUAUUGAAGAUUGAAUCAUUUGACGUUUUAUCAAUGUUGGACAAGUAUGAUUCCGGUGUAUUUGAAGCUGGGGGCUACAAAUGGAGGCUAUCUCUUUACCCUAAAGGCAACAGUGGCGAUAAUGGAUUGGGAUAUGUUUCCCUCUAUUUGUCAAUCGAGGAGCUUCCUCCCAAUCAGACAGUUCACGUCAACUACAAGCUUUUUGUGCACAACAAGUUACAAAACAAGUACUUAACUAUUCAAGAUACCGAUGAGGAGAUAAGCAGGUUCCACCGCUCGAAGACCCAACACGGGUUUCCUCGGUUUCUUUCCCUGAAAGAAUUCGAAAACCGUUCAAAUGGAUACCUUGGUGAAAAGCACUCUUGUACAUUUGGGGCUGAAGUUUUUGUCAUCCAACCUGCCAUGAUGAGGGAGGAGUCUUUUACCUUGAUCAGAUACCCGACUCAAAACACAUUCACAUUUCAGAUCGAAAACUGGUCCAAAUUGGGCACGGAUCCCCUUUCCAAAGAGUUUACCUUCGAAGGAAGGCAAUGGAAGUUAUUGGUGUAUCCCAAAGGCAAUGCGGCCGGCAAGGGCAAGUCGCUGUCCGUUUACUUAGAAGUGCAACACCUUCACGAGAAGAUGAAAGUUUAUGCAGAGUUCAAUUUGCGUGUGUUGGACCAACUCAAAAAUAACAACAAGGAGAAGCGAUUUAAGCGCUGGCUAAGUGCCUCACAUCCCCAAGGGGGCGAUGCAGACUUUAUGCCCUUGAAGGAUCUCGAGAAAUCAGCAAAAGGGUUCGUUCAGAAUGAUGCUCUGGUGGUUGACGUCCAGAUCAGCGUCGUAUCAAAGCUGUAGGAGUUUGAUGACUUACUUCCGUAUUUGGUGUGUAAGAAUAAAUUCCUUGAGGAUAGUGUGUACUUCCAUGUGAAUUUUGUGUACCUAGUUUGGCUUCUUAUAUGAUUACUAGAUGGAAUCUCAAAACUUUUGAAUGAAAAUGCAAUCAAGUUCUUGUGCUCAAA